AUGGAUCUGUGUCUGUCCCACAAGGGUCUUCAGAGUUUCGAUGCCUCGACGCUGUUGCUUGAUGCCACUGAUGGGCUCCGCCAAGAGGAGAAGAAGGCGCCGUCACGGGGCCGCUACAUUGCCGUCCGCGCACUGGAUCUGUCACAUAAUAGCAUUGCCCGCUUUGCAGGGGGUCAGGCGCUUUUCGCGCUGGCGGUGUUGGAUCUCUCCCACAACUCCCUUGCGACGCUUGAGGCCUCGAGCCUUCCUGGGGGACUCGUACGACUGAAUGUGGCGCACAACGCUUUGCAGGAGUUACAAGGGUUAUCAAGCUUUACGCCGAGGAUGCAGGAGUUGAACGUGGGCUUCAACCGUAUUACUAGCCAGCAUGUGAACGGCCUCCCAAAAGGGUUGACGACGUUGCUCUGCCAGAGCAACCUGCUAGACUCUGUGCGACCGUUUGUCCUUCUUUUGCACCUCUCCAGCCUUGAUCUGAGCUCUAAUCAAAUCGCCGAGGUGGAGGAGCUUUACAGGUUGCGGGAGUUGCGCGCACUCCGUUACCUUGAGCUGCGGGGAAAUCCCGUGAUGAGCGCUCCGGAGGCGGUUCCAUCGCUCCUUGACGCCGUGCCAAAACUCAUUUCACUUGACCGCACACCGCUCUCGCAGGCGGGGGAGAAUCGGAUGUUCAAAUUUCACCGUUCUAGAAGUUCUAAACAAAACCAAGGUGAAUCUCAGCUGCGGACGCGGAGCAGGUCGCUUUCCCAUAGAUCGAGCAUGAGACGGCAGGACGGCAAGAGUGAGGCGGAGAUGGAGGUACGCCUCUUGGAGACCCGCGUAAGAGAGCUUGCACGGCUUUUGAACGAUGCCGAGAAGCGGGAGCGGCAGUUGCGGUAUCAAAAGAAAGUUUUGCAUGAACAAGUAUCGGCGUGCGCCGGGGUCAUAGAUUCCCAGGCCAUGCAGUUGGAACGACUGGGGAAGCGGAUAGGUGAGUUGAAGGAUGAAGAAGCAUCUCUGAGGGAGCCAGUCGCGGAGUUGGAGCAAACCUUUGAGCAAACCCAUGCAUCCCUGGUUGCGCACAGGCUGAAUCAGUCCUCUGGGCGUGUCUGA